CCGGCCCGUCAUGCUAGACACUCUCCGGCUCUGGGCUCAGGAAGACUCCUGUGUUCUUUGUGCUGUGCUGUGAUCCACUGCCGGGAGCCGUGAGGACAGCGGGGCGAGCUCGGAAUCCACCAUGGAGUGACUGGACCAACUCUAUGGCCCCGCCUGUUGGCUACGCCCCAUCCAACAUGGUGGAGGUAUGUUCAUCUCCUCUGCUAGCCAUGCUCACUGCACCAGCUCCAGGGACGCAGCAGGAGGCCGUGACCUAUGAGGAUGUGCAUGUGAACUUCACGCAUGAAGAGUGGGCUUUGCUGGAUCCUUUCCAGAAGAAUCUGUACAAAGAUGUGAUGCUGGAAACCUACUGGAACCUCAUUUCUAUAGGUUGCAAAUGGGAAGACCACAAUAUCGAAGAACAUUGUCAAAGUUCUAGAAGAAAUGGAAGGCAUAUCAACUGUCACUCUGGAUACAAGCCAUAUGAGCAUCAGGGAUAUGGAAAGAAGCAAUAUACCUCUUUUCCUCCUGGAACAGUUAGGAGAAAUGUUGUAGUCCCCACUGCGAGAAGCCAUGAUGGCUGUGAUACAAGUUUACACUCUCACAUUGGCGAAAACCCUUAUGAGAACAAGGAAUAUGGAAAUCCAUCUGUCUGUCCUGGCUCACUUUGCUCAUGCAGUGUGACUCACAGUGUAUGUUAUACAUGCAGUCAGUGUUGUAAAACUCUGAGUUAUUCCAGUUCUUUUCAAAGACAUGAAAAAACUCAUAUGGGAAUAGGAAUUGAUAAGCUUGAUCUUUGUACUAAGGACUUUAGCCAUCCCAUGUAUCUUCAAACACACAAAACAACCAAUAAUGAAGAAGAGCUUUAUCAAUGUAAUCAGCAUGAUACAGCCUUUAGAUAUGAUUCUUCUUUGAAAGUACACCAAAGAACUCAUUUGGAAGAAAAACCCUAUGAAUAUAAUCAAAGUGAUAAUGUCUCUGCAUGUCACAGUCUUCAUCAAGUACAUAGAACUCAUUUUGAUGUGAAAAAGUAUGAAUAUCACCAAUAUGAUAAAGCCUUUGCAAGUCCCAGUUAUCUUCAAAUAUAUAAAAGAAUUUAUACUGGGAAGAAACCCUAUGUAUGUACACAAUGUGAUAAAGCCUUUUCAUGUUCCAGUUAUCUUCAAAUUCAUAAAAGAAUUCAUACUGGAGAGAAACUCUAUGAAUGUAAUCAAUGUGGUAAAACCUUUAUACAAAAGAGUCAUCUUCACAGACAUGAAAGAAGUCAUAGUGGAGAGAAACCCUAUGAGUGUAAUCACUGUGGUAAAGCCUUUGCACACAAGUACAAGCUUCUCAUUCAUGAAAGAAUUCAUACUGGAGAGAAACCCUAUGAAUGUAGUCUAUGUGGUAAAGCCUUUGCAGAGAAGUGCAAUCUUCUUAGUCAUGAAAGAAGUCAUACUGGAGAGAAACCCUAUGGUUGUAAUCAAUGUGGUAAAGCCUUUGCACAGAAGAGUGAUCUUCGCAGUCAUGAAAGAAUUCAUACUGGAGAGAAACCCUAUGAAUGUAAUCAAUGUAAUAAAGCCUUUGCACAGAAGAGUAAUCUUCGAAGUCAUGAAAGAGUUCAUACUGGAGAGAAACCCUUUGAAUGUAAGCAAUGUGGUAAAGCCUUUGCACAGAAGAGUAAUCUUCUUAGUCAUGAAAGAAGACAUACUGAAGAGAAACCCUAUCUAUGUAAUCAACCUGCUCAAUCCUUUGCACUGGAGAAGAAUUUUCUCAUUCAUACUAGUAAUGCAGAAGAGAGACCUUAUGAAUGUAAGCAAUGUGGCAAAACAUUUGCAAGGAAGAGUCAUCUCCUCAGUCAUGAAAGAAUUCAUACUGGAGUGAAACCCUAUGAAUGUAAUCAAUGUGGUAAAACUUUUGCGUGCAACAGUAACCUUCGCAGGCAUGAAAGAUGUCAUACAGGAGAGAAACCUUAUGAAUGUAAUCAAUGUGAUAAAGCAUUUGCACGUAAAAGUCAUCUUCAGAGUCAUGAAAGAUGUCAUACUGUACCCUACACAUAUAAUCAAUUUGGUAGAGACUUUGCAUGUAGCAGUCCCAUUCAUAUAAAAGAAAGAACUUAUACUGGAGACAAACCCUAUGAAUGUAAUCAAUACAGUAAAGACUUUGCACAAAACAGUCCUCUUCACAAUCUUGACAGAAAUCAUAUGCAACAAAAACCCAGUGAAUGUAAUCAGUGCGGCAAAGUCUUUCCCUGUUGCAUUGUUCUUCAAAAUCAUGAAAAAUUUCACACUGGUGAAAAUCCCCAUGACCCUAAUAAAUGAGGCCAAGCCUUACAUUCCACAUACAUUUUUUUUUUCACCAUGCUAGCUCACCAGUGCUUGAGAAAGGUUAGUAGAGCCACUCCUUAGUUAAAAGAUUGUCUCUUUUCAAGUAAACAUAUUGCAUUCCAAGAAUACAGAAAGACAUGAUAUUUUGAAUAAUAAAAUGAAUUGAAACUGCUAGUUAUAUUGUCAUCCAUUAUUCGGGGGUCAUGCUACUUUAUUCUGAGGAUGAAAUACUUACUCCUGUCAUAUUCUCAGCAACACAAAAGAAUGGCAGAGAAUUUUAUCAGUUAAUGUGAUUGCUGCUAACCCUGAUUACCUGAUACUGGGUUUCAGGGUGGCCUUAGUUAUAUAGUGAGAUAUUUUCUCAAGAAAAAUCCCAAAAGGGAAUCUGGAAAGAUGGCUGCAUUUCCACAGGACCCAAGUGUAAUUCUUAGCACUCACAUAGAAGUUCACAGCUAUCUGUAAGUCCAGUUCUAGGGGAUCCAACAGCUUCAUGUAGAAAUGCAUUCAGUCAAACACUUUUUCCUAUAAAAGACAAAAGUAUAUGUCACUUUGUGAUUUUUUUUCCCCAUAGUAUAAUGUGGAUUCAUUUCUGCUCAGCUAAGUCAUUUGUGGGGGUCAUUCACUUCAAGAGAAUUAUGUUAACAGUUAAAAUAAGCAAUGUGCAAUAAGCAAUUUACAAAGGGAUUGAAAUCCACUCAUUGUUUCCCUGUACAAGUAGCAGGGACUUUCGUCACCGGCAAGUGAUGUAAGGCAGAAGAAAUAAAGAGGAAGGAUACCUUCAUUUUCUGCAUUAUAAUGACAUCUUUGGAAGCUGGAGAGUUGACUCAGUAUAGCACUGCUGCUGUUGGUCGUACAAUUUUGGUUCCUAGCACCCAUAUCAGGUGAACCAGAUGUGCCUGUAAAUCCUGGUUUGGAGGUCUGAUGCACUUGCAUGCCUUCCUUGUGCACCCGGUAUGUUAAUGGAAUAAAGGCAGAUAUGUACAUAUACAUACACAUAUAUCUGUAUGUAUGUAUAUGUAUGUGAUAGAGAAGAGAGA